AACAUCCCUUGAAGGCGGCAGCGGCGGACCCUCUUUUAAAAAACCGGAAACUCGAUGAUGAGGAAGAAACCUAGCGAUUGUUUUUGGUAGAAGUUUUACAUUCGUCGUUAUUAAGACUACAGUGCCUCAAAACCUCAGCAAUGUCAGGAUCAUCCAGCAUCGUAGCGAUGAAGAAAAUCGUUCAACAGUUACGCCUUGAAGCUGGCAUAAACAGGGUUAAGGUGUCCCAGGCCGCAGCGGACCUGCAGCAGUUUUGCCUACAGAACGCCCAGCAGGACCCUCUGCUCACCGGCAUGUCGUCCAGCAACAACCCGUUCAGACCGCAGAAAGUCUGCUCCUUCCUAUAGCAACGACCCUCUGCCUCUGUGAGUAACGUUACCAAUAAGGUUUUGGACAUUGUGGUGCCUUGUUGGAACUAGGCUGCAGGACCUGUGCUGUGGACUGGAAUCAUCUCGGGAGCAUUCAGGAAUUUGGGGACAAGCUACAAUUUUUUUAAACUUUUGCCUUUGUAAAAUCUCAAACGAAAACAUUUCCAGGUGCUUAUUUGGCAUGAUACAAGUAUUAUCCUACUUGCUUAGAAGUAACUAACUUAUAUCAACACACACGUUGGCCUUUUGAAUUGUAUUGUACAUUUUUCAUUCCUGAUUGAGAAUAAAUGGUAUUUACACAUUUUAAA